CGAUGGACCUUGGGAAUUAAUGAACAUUUAUUUAUAGACAACCACACGCUUGGCUCGAUUGGCAUUUUAAAAGAACGACACGAACCUUAAGUAAUUUUUAUGAGAGGCGAAGAGGAAGCUAUGCAUACGUAUGAGGCCGACGUCCAGUAUUUCUGUUUUGAACCAGGAAGUAACGUGUCACAACAGUCCUCAGACAUUUGAAGAACACUACAAUGGGCUGACUGAAGAAAUCGUAAACUGCAAUAUGGGAAAAACACUUGCACCGUGCCUUCUACUGUUUGUUAUCGCUGGCUGUUUUGGCGAUCUCACUUACUUGAACGGGAUCUACUCUAAAGCGCCUCAAAGGUUGUCCAAAUACAGCUGGUUCGGUAACGUUCGGCUCCAUCACUUCAGAGUACCGGAGGAUGCGGUGCUCGUGCGGUGGCUGCUCACCGUCUCACGGGGAUCCGGACUCAACUGUGGCAACCAAAACAUCACUGUGCACUUUAGGGCAGGAGCGCCCCCGGUAAUCAACCCCAUAGAAACAGCCUUUCCAAACUCCACAUCUGUGUCUCUUGCUCACAAUUUGACGUUGACCAUUCCCAGUGGACAGAGCGGCAAUGUGACCCUGUUCAAUGUGACCCAUCCCAAACCUGGAGACUGGUUCCUUGCUGCUCACAUGCCCAAGGAUGAAGGGAAGAUAGAGCAGCAGGGACUGCCGUCUUGCUCAUACCUAUUUCAGGCACAGAUGUUUUUAAGGAGAGCUGCUGACCUGCCAAUCCUGCAGCACAACAUUCCACUCUAUCAAACACUAACUACAACCCCAGCUUUGUUUAAGGUCUUUGUUCCAGAGUUCACCUCCAGGUUGGAUGUUUUCAUCUUGAACUGUUCUGUAAAGCUGGGAAAUGAUUGCGGGCUGUCAAUCACUGUAGGCUCCAGUACUUUGAGGCAGGGCUCAGAGGUGAAACAGAACUGUUCAGGGUUAGAGAGCUGCUCCGCAUCCGUCCUCAUUCCCCCGUGGAACAGCUGGUUGCUGGUUACUGUUGAGACUAGUCAACCAAACACGACCAUACCUUUUAGCAUUUCUGCCAAUGUCACAGUGGGAUGUAAACCUCUGAGCGUCUCUUCAGAUUUCAACACCUCAGCCUUUAUUCGUACCAUCAUUGCUCCCCAAAGCAACAGCUCAGGUGGCCUCAGUAACACAUCCGUUUCCAUGAGAGACCAGCCGAGCCUCCGCGCUAACAGCUCUGAGCCAGUGUGCAUGAGAAGCCCUUCAGUGCUCCGAGAUGAACAGGAUGUGCUAUCACUACGCUUCAUCGUUUCCAGCAGCAACCUAACCGUGACCUCAGACCUUCCCACUGUGCUCACACUUGAGCACUCUCCUGGUGACAGUGGCGGCACGUUUGUUGUACAGCUCCACUUGAACACUAGUUCUUUGGUUGGCGGAUUUGCUCGUGUCAAAGCAUGUCUCACACCUUCUGCUCCUGUACUUCAUGUCAACCUCAGCCAGACUUGUGCUACAGGGCUUAUGCAGGGCUAUUCUCUGAGCGUGAGCAGCAAUGAAUCACAGGCUCUGUUGAGGAUUCCGUUUCCAGACACAGCAGUGUGGUACCUCAGCCUCCAGACCGUGUGCAAUGACAGUGUCGACUGCAGGAACGCAUCCGCGAUAGUGAGUGCGUCUGUAAGUGUGAGUGCGUGCAUUGAUGACUGUGGACCGUAUGGAGAGUGCAGACUGCUACGCACGUACAGCUACCUCUAUGGCGCAUGUGUAUGCAAAGCAGGUUGGCAGGGAUGGGGCUGUACGGAUGGAGCGACUGCGCAGUCAUACUCCCGGCAGAUGGCUGCGGCUCUGCUCCUCACCCUCAGUAACUUUUUCUUCAUCCCACCCAUCGUUGUAGCACUUUACAGAGGAUACCACGUUGAGGCCACCAUCUACUUCUUUACCAUGUUUUUCUCCACGUUUUAUCAUGCAUGUGACCAGCCCGGAGUGACUGUGAUGUGCAUCAUGGACUAUGACACUCUGCAGUUCUGUGAUUUCUUGGGUUCUGUUGUGUCAGUGUGGGUGACCAUUGUGUGCAUGGCACGGCUCCAGGAUCCAGUAAAAUAUCUAUUGUUUAUGGCGGGCACUCUUGUCAUUUCUAUGGCGAUGCAGUUGGACCGCAGGGGACUUUGGAACCUUUUAGGUCCUGUCCUGUUUGCUUUGGUCAUUAUGGUCACUUCCUGGGUUUACCGAGGAGUGAAAAGGCAUCAAUGCUAUCCUCCGUUGUGGCGCCGCUGGGUGUUGUUCCUGCUUCCAGGCAUCGUAUCUGCAUUGAUUGGUGUGUGCGUGUACGUCUUCGCUCAGACCGACAGCAACUACUACUACACUCAUUCCAUAUGGCAUGUCAUGGUGGCCACGAGCGUGGUCUUCCUCUUACCACCCCGUGAAAAACACAUCCCCCCCUGGGGCUGGACCAACAAAAUCUGUAGCUACAGGAGAUGCAAAAAUGAGAAAGUAGAGCUUUACACUGUCACCUAAAUACACUGCUAUUGAUAUUUGCACAAACUGUGCAUUUGAACAGUUUUACAAACAUUAGUGGUUAGCUUAAAGAAACACUACUUAAAGGAAUAGUUUACCCAAAAAUGUCAUUUUUACUGUCAUAAGCCCAUAAACCAAAUCAAUGGAACACAACAGGAGAUUCUUGACAAUUAAUAGUGACACAACAAACUUUUUUUUCCACCUCACAAAGCUAUUGUGACUUCAGAAGGCUUCAGUCAUGUAGACUACAUUUAUGGUGCUUUUUGAUGAAUGAAAACUUCUCCUUUUGUGUUUCAUGGAAGAGAAAAAAAAACUGCUUACAGGUUUGAAUGAAGUGAGGGUGAGUAAAUAAUGCAAUAAUUUGCAUUUUUGAAUGAACUAUUCCUUUAAACAGGAUAAUUUUACACUUUUUAACUUUUUUAAAUGAACGAUUUCACAGAGAACAACAGCAAUGUCAAUUAUUUAAAAACGAAAACAAACAAAAGCCAACUUGCUGAAUGUCAUUUGACCCAGUUUACCCCAUGAAGCACUUUUGAGAGUUCAAUUUAUCAGCAUUUGUGAUGUUCUUUGUCUUUAUUGUAUUUUUUUUUAACUCUUUUGAGGAAAACACUACUGAUUUCAAGGUCUAUUCAGCACUUUUGUCUGUUGAUUUUUAUAGCACUUCAUUGAAUCUGCACCCGCAGAACUGGGAUUUUUUUCUGCAGAAAUGAUUUUUUUUUUCAAAACCAGCACAGAAAAUAAAGAAAUUGCAGAUUCUCUCUGGACCUACUUAUGACGUUGAGGAUCGUGUUGGGCAUUGUGAUUACCAGAGAGUACUGUUGUCUGUGUCUCUGAGCUAUUGUUUGCAUACACUGGAGAACAGGUGCAAUAGUUCCUCGAUUAAUAGCCAGAAUUGUUUUACACUAUUAUUUAUACCACUGUCAGGAAUGUAUAAGAAAUGACCUCCCUUCUUCCUCCCUGAAAGCCUUGGAAAUUUUCUUGAGAUUUUGUUCUUCCGUUUCCUAGGGGAAGAACUUUUUAAACUCGCUUUAAAUUGUGUUUGUUUGAUGUUACCAGUAUGUGAAAUUAUGGUUGUAUGCCAGUAUGAAUGGCUGUGUCUCCUUACUAGGUUAAAGGUGUGUGUGUGUGUGUAAUAAGUAUCUGACGUAUGAUGACAUGAUGUAUUUAAGAUGAGCUUCUGUAUUGUUCAAGGCUUUACAUAGAUAUGCAUAAUUCUGCACUUCUGAACCCUCAGGCCAGUAUAAACUUGAAGAGGCAUCUGUGGACGUUCUUUUAAGUUAAGAUUUUACAUAGCAGCUGUCCUUUAAAGAUCAAGUGUAUGUAAAUCAGCAUCUCGGGUUUCCAUUUAAAGUGAUUCAUCUCUUGUUUUCCAGAGGAGGUUAGGGUUGGAAUAUUAUACAGAUGUUUUACAAUGUUUUAUAUUCAUUUAGUAUCGGGAUUGAUAUUGAAAAUUAAUAUAAUAGUUUAUUUGUAGAUCUGCGAAUCCCAAAAUCUUUUCUUCUUUCUUAUGGGAUUUAGUUUUGAUUUAAUAUUGCUUAUGAUGAUCCUUGUUCUUCUUUGUGUCCAUUGGUAGGCCUUGUAAGUUGCACAUAUAUGCACUUGUGUUUGGGGUUGAGAAUGAAGCAGUGCAGUCACAGAGAUUAUGUUUCUUUAUUCUUGUUUUUAUUUGUGCUCUUGAUUUCUGUCUCCUCUGUUUCUGAAAAUGAUCUAUAUGCCAAUAAAUGGAGAAAUAAAUAAUUUAA